GCCAAUCACAAUCCACAGUCUCUGGGCAAUCCGCCAACCCCAAUCGUCACCUUUGCGAAGUAUCAAACCCUUUCUUUGUUAGGGUUAGGGUUUUAAAUUCAAGCUAUUUAAGGAUAUUACUUGAUUAAGCUUCUCUGAAGAUCCUCGUUCCUCAAUUCUCAGCAAUGGACUUCAUGAAAAAACGGAAGCUCGAAGACAACGGCGUUGUUUCUGACCCCUCCUUUCUCCCCAGGCUGUCGCUCGAAGACGCGCGCAAAAUCCUCGAAUCCUUCACGCGCGACCAGCUCUUCGAGAUCGUCCAGAACGCAGUUGUUCGUCACCCUGACGUCCUCGGCGCCGUCCGUUCAAUUGCCGACCAAGACACGACGCAGCGGAAGCUUUUCAUUCGCGGCCUCGGUUGGGAAACUACCACCGAUAAGCUUCGUUCCCUUUUCUCCACCUACGGCGAGCUUGAGGAGGCCGUGGUAAUCCUCGAUAAGGCUACUGGAAAGAGUAAAGGUUACGGCUUUAUCACCUUUAAACAUAUUGAUGGAGCCCUGCUUGCUCUAAAGGAACCCAGUAAGCAAAUUGAUGGUCGAAUGACUGUCACACAGCUGGCAGCUGCCGGUAUGCAGGGUGGGCCUGGAGGUGGGAGCUCGAAUAAUCCUGUGGAUAUAUCAUUGAGGAAGAUAUAUGUGGGGAAUGUGCCUUAUGAUAUGCCCACGGAGAGAUUGUUGCAGCAGUUCUCAAUGUAUGGGGAGAUAGAGGAAGGGCCACUAGGAUUUGAUAAGGUGACCGGUAAGUCUAAAGGGUAUGCUCUAUUCGUGUACAAGACAGCAGAGGCUGCAAGGGCAUCUAUAAUGGAACCUGUUAAGAAUAUUGAUGGGAAGCAGUUAAACUGUAAGCUGGCAAUUGAUGGUAAGAAAGGGAAAUCUGGGCCUUCAGGCCCAGGAGGAGCUCAGGGUCCAAGGGAGGGGUUUGGUAAUGAUAUUGGUUUGGGAAUGCAGAAUGGCAUAGGGGCACAAUAUGGAGGCCCGGGAGGAAUUCAUUCGGGUGCCGGAGCGUUCUCUGGAGCUAUGGCAACAUUGGGUGGUGUAAGUGGCAGUGGUGUUAACUUGAAUGGUCCGGGAUUGCCAUCCAUUGGGAAUCAAGCUGGAGUGUCCCCUAUGGUUGGUGGUGGUUCUGGUCCUUACAACAGGUCACAUUUUAGCAUUGGUGGUUCAACUGGAUAUGCUGGCUUUAGUGCAUCAACUGGUGGUUUAGGUGGAGUCACGAAUGGAUAUGGAGCCCCCGGUGCUGGUAGUGGAUUACCUAGUGUUGGUGGUGGAUUAGGUGCUGCCACUGGCCGUGGCCCGUCUUCAUAUGCAUUACCCCAAAGCUCAGCUGGCAUGCCUUCAGGAGAUUAUCAUUCACAAGGUAUGCAUUACAAUAUGCCUUCCUCUGGAAAUCAAAACCGACAGAAUCAACAAGCUGGAGCAUCACCAGUGCCUAGAGUUAUGCAUGGGGGCAUGUACCAAGGGAUGCCUUCUUACUAUUGAGGUUUGACAGCUUGUUGGCGCAAUUGAUUUUAUUGGUUCUGGCGUGAAUGCUGGCAAUUUGAUAUCUGCCUUGAUGAUUUUCAUUUGCCGUGUACUUUGGCCUCAUCUUCACUUCAUCUGUGAUCCUUUGUAAUUGGUGGUAUUAGAAGUGACUAUAGAAUAGUAUUUCUCCUUUCCGAAACUGUCUUUCACAGUUUUACUUUAUUGUAAUUACAUUUUUAUGGAUUUUGUCUUUUAGAUACUUUGUCAUCUUUUGAUUUUCUACUGAAGCUGGUGCUUCUCUUUUUCUUUCUUUAAUUGCUGGAGCAUGUUUUUCUUUACACUUUAACUCAACGUUUAUAUUUUUCUGGGGAUUAAUAAGAACAAUUGCCUUGUAUUCUUCCAUAGUGUGAAGAAUUGCGCAUGACAAAU